CGACGAUGAGAGUGAUGAGGAGGUCGGCACAGGUCCUGUGAUGCCGUCCUCACCGGCUGGCGCUGGCUCGUCUACCGGAUCGUCCCCUCGACACAUGCCUUCUUCCCCUGGUCUCCCUUUUGACGAUGAAGAGGAAGGAGAACGCGAAUAUUUCAACGACGUGGAUGAUUUAGAAGAGCAGUUGGAAGAACAAACGGGCGUGGAUUUGAUUGGCGAUGCGAUGGAGCGCGACUACGUCCCCAAUCCCGAACAGGACACAUACGAAGAGGCUGAUCUCGAUGACCAGGAAUACGAAGAGUUGUCUGCGGCAGAAAGAAGACGCGUCGACCAGAUGCUCAAUCAGCGUGACCAGCUUGUGCGAGGUGCUAACUUGGAUCUUGAUGACGCCAUGGACAACGAUGUGCCAAGAGAUGAGUACGGUCUGCCUAUCCAGAGACGGCGUAGAAGGCACAGGUACGAUGAAGAUCCGGAGGAUUACCUGGAUGACAUGGAUCCUUUGACAGAGGAGCUGAGUCUGGAGGCUCUGGCCGAGGUCAAAGCCCCUUCCAUCCUUGAGUGGGUGGUAAUGCCAAACGUUACUAGAUCGAUUGCCAGAGAACUGAAAUCGUUCUUGCUGGAAUUCACUGACGAACAGGGUCGGUCUGUGUAUGGAAGUCGAAUUCGGACGCUCGGUCAGAUCAACAGCGAGAGUCUUGAAGUUUCAUAUGUGCACUUACUUCACUCGAAAGCUAUUUUGGCCCUGUUCCUCACUACCUGUCCAGAGGAGAUUUUAAAGAUUUUUGACGUGGUCGCCAUGGAGGCGACAGAGCUGCACUAUCCGGACUACAGCCAGAUCCACUCUGAGAUUCAUGUCCGGAUCGCCGAUUACCCAACAAUCAACAACCUGAGAGAGCUCAGAGAGUCUAAUUUGAACUCCCUCGUUCGUGUCAGUGGUGUUGUCACAAGGAGAACAGGUGUAUUCCCGCAGCUGAAGUAUGUCAAGUUCAACUGUCUCAAGUGCGAUGCUGUGCUGGGACCAUUUUUCCAGGACUCAAACCAGGAAGUUCGAGUCACGUUCUGCACCAACUGCCAAUCUCGUGGACCUUUCAGAAUGAACACGGAAAAAACAUUAUACAGAAACUAUCAAAGGAUUACCCUGCAAGAGGCUCCCGGAUCUGUUCCUGCUGGAAGGCUGCCGCGCCAUAAGGAGGUUAUUUUGCUGUGGGAUCUUGUUGACAUUGCCAAGCCUGGAGAGGAGAUUGAGGUAACCGGUAUCUACAAAAACUCGUACGAUGGUACACUGAACGCGAAAAACGGCUUCCCAGUCUUCACUACUGUGAUUGAGGCUAACGCUAUCAGGCGGAGAGAGGGAGCGGCCAAAGGAGUCUCGGACGGUUCUUUGAUUGAAGGCGGUCUCUCGCCGUUCCAAUGGACCGAGGACGAAGAGAAGAAAAUUCGUCAACUGAGCAGAGAACGCGGAAUCAUUGACAAAAUUAUCGCCUCCAUUGCACCUUCAAUCUACGGACACAAAGACAUUAAAACUGCCGUUGCCUGCUCGUUGUUCGGUGGUGUUCCUAAAGAUGUCAAUGGAAAACACUCUAUUCGUGGAGAUAUCAACGUUCUUCUUCUUGGCGACCCUGGUACUGCAAAAUCGCAAAUUCUCAAGUACGUCGAGAAAACAGCACAUCGAGCUGUCUUUGCCACCGGCCAAGGUGCAUCUGCUGUCGGUCUUACUGCCUCCGUGAGAAAGGAUACCAUCACCAGAGAGUGGACUUUAGAAGGAGGUGCGUUGGUUUUAGCAGACAAGGGUGUCUGUCUUAUCGAUGAGUUCGACAAGAUGAACGACCAGGAUCGUACAUCGAUUCACGAGGCGAUGGAACAGCAAUCGAUUUCCAUUUCCAAGGCUGGUAUUGUGACCACUCUGCAGGCCCGAUGCUCCAUCAUUGCGGCAGCAAAUCCUAUUGGUGGUCGAUACAACUCGACUUUGAACUUGCUGCAAAAUGUGAACUUAACCGAGCCAAUCCUGUCGAGAUUCGAUAUUCUCUGUGUUGUGCGCGAUCUUGUGAAUCCAGAGGCUGACGAGAGACUUGCGGGAUUUGUCAUUGAUUCACACAUGCGGUCCCAUCCAGCCGAGGAGGACGGGGAGCGCGAAAAAGAGCAGGAGAUUUCUCCAAUAAAGCAGGAGUUCCUGGUCAAAUAUAUCCACUACGCAAGAACAAGGGUGCACCCAAAAUUGAACCAGAUGGACAUGGACAAGGUGUCGCGUGUUUAUGCCGAUUUGAGAAGAGAGAGCAAUACGACCGGAUCGUUCCCGAUUACUGUGAGACAUUUGGAAAGUAUCUUGAGAAUUGCAGAAUCGUUUGCUAAAAUGCGGCUGAGUGAGUACGUUUCCAGUUCAGACCUUGACCGGGCCAUUAAGGUCACAAUUGACAGUUUCGUGGGUGCGCAGAAGGUGAGCAUUCGGAAACAGUUGCAACGCAGAUUUAUGAAAUACACUCUGCCACAAAGGGCGUGA